UCUUUUUCUCCACCAAGGCGGCUAAACAUAAGCUUGUAAGCUUAAGCUCUUUGCCAAAAAAUUCGUUUGGUCAUUCUUUUACAUUAGAGCCCUAUAUCCAUGGCCAUCCAAUUAUGUCCAAAUCAUGUACUCCAAUUCGCAAAUUAUUCCACCACUCAUCGAAAUCAAACCACUAUUUUGCCAUUUCAUCGGUUAUUCGGGUCGAUUCCGAGUAUUGAUUUGGGGAAAUUACGGCCCAUAAGAAGAUUGUCAGUUCAAUGCUGUGAGAAACAAACACAGAACCUGCGCACGUGCAAGAAUUGUAAGGGGCAGUUUGAUCCUCUGCUCAAUAACCCACGUGCUUGCCGUUACCACACUGCUCAUUUUGGAGGAGAAACAAGGAGGAAGUUUGAGAGUGCUUAUUCCGGAGGCACCAUGGACACCCCAGAUGGUGGCAAAGUUUUUCAAUACUGGCAUUGUUGUGGGUCUGAAGAUCCGUUUGAUGCUGGCUGCACAGCUGCACCUCAUGUUACUUAUGAUGAUUGAUACAUUGAUUCUUAAAUGGGUGCAAUAUAAAUAUAAAUGGGUGCAAUAUAAAUAUUUGUUACUUAAGUACUUUGUCCAAUUCACAAGUCGAAUCCCAUGUUGUAUCUCUAUAAUUUUUCUUAGUCCUUUUCUCUUAAUUGUACAGCAUAGCUUAAUAUUCUUUCCCUUAUAUUUUGAUGCAACUGAUAUAAUGAAUUUCUUUUUCUCCU